AUGCCGGCCCUCUCUGCUGAUAGCCGCGGACAGUUAUCGAUGCUUAAAGACUUGCUUCGAGGCCACCGCCCAAGCGACAGAUCGGACUCGAUCAGAUGGCGAUGGACCUCUGACCAACUAUUCACUGUCAAAUCCCUUUACCAGCUCAUCACGGAUGCUGGACUACGUGUCUCGAUGAAUCAACACAUUUGGAAUCUAAAAAUUCCUGUUAAAAUUAAAGUCUUCAUUUGGCUGCUUCUUCGAAAGAGAUUACCCACUGCUGACAUAUUGCUUAUCCGAGGCAUGCACGUAAACCAGAACUGUGCUUUCUGCGCGAUCCUCACGGAAAGCUGCGACCAUAUUUUCAACGAUUGCGUGUACGUUCGAUUCCUUCUUCUCAAUAUAGGAGGAUCGGACACAACUGAUGUCAGCACAGGCGAUGUUCGAGAUCACUGGGCCGAAACUACUGAAAUCCUUGCUGACUCGUCGAGAAAACAAGGCUUGAUCCUCCUGGCUGCAACUUGGUGGGUAAUCUGGACAGAUAGAAACAACUCUGUUUUCAGAGGAAACCCGCCCAAUGUCACCUGGUCUCUUGAACGUGUCAAACAACUAAUCAGCAAUUGGACCACAAUGCUCUGA